UCACUCUCCUUCCCAUCACUCACUCAUCUCCUCACAAUCUCAUCGCUUAUUCAUACACAUAAUCGCUAUUUUACACUUCUGAAAUCUGCUAAACAAAAUGUAUCGGUUGAUCGUCGUUGCUUUGUUGUCGGUGUUGUGCGCCUCGGUUCCCAGAGGAGGAGCACAGAACACAAACGCGCCUUCUCAAGCACCAUCAACUAGCCCGUCUGCGUCGCCGUCGAAGCCUCUUUCGCCGGCAUCUGCUCCGCUCACCCCUCACGCAUCGCCUUCCAAGUCUCCAGUCGCUUCGCCUUCUCCCAAGGCCAGUCCGGCUGCAUCACCGGUACAAUCUCCGGCGCCCACUCCGUCGUCCAAGGCUUCUCCUCCGGUCUCAUCUCCAGCCUCCUCCCCUCCUCCGGCUGUUGAAACUCCGGUCAGCUCACCGGCACUGUCUCCUCCGGCAGCCGCCCCAGCGGCUUCCCCUGUUGCCGCAGACGUCCCGGCUGCUGCCGUUACGCCAUCUGCAUCCGCAAGCAUUCCUUCGAGUUCGGCGACACCGUCGGAGGCACCUACCAUGUUCCCGGAGGGCAAUAGCCCUGGUAUGGCCCCAGCUGCCUCGUCCCCGGAGACAGCUCAGGGUCCGGUUGCUGAUGGAUCCGGUUCAAACAUGCUACACGGGUUCCGGAUCGCUGCAACCGGGCUUGCUUUAUGGGCGGCGGCUUUGGCCAUUUGAUUUUUAGGCUGAUUGCCACUGAAAAUGUAUUACUAGUAGUAGCGUCAUUCUUUUCAUUCAUUGUUACUACCCUACCAUUAUUGGCAUUUGCAAUUCAGAUUAUUCAAUUUCAAUUAUUAUUAUUA